UUUUUUUAUUAGUCGACAGCUUAUCACUGAAAGAGCAAAAGCAGCAGUGAUCUUGAGACUUGAGAGAAACAAACAAAAAGGACCUCGCUCUAACAUCGAACAGGAAAUUUUGAAGUCAUGGGUUCGAAGAACAAUCCACAAGUGAAUAAUUCGACUAGAACUUUGUUUACUCUCAUCAUUGUGACUGGUUUAUGUUGCUUCUUCUAUCUCCUUGGAGCAUGGCAAAAGAGUGGUUUUGGUAAAGGAGAUGGUAUAGUAAUGGAAGUAACAAAGCAAGCUCAGUGUACCAAUGUUACAGUUACAGACAUUGUAAAAGAUCUCGAUUUUGAGCCUCAUCAUAGGACAGUAAAGAUUCCUGAAAGAGCAAACCCGAAAGCCGUUGUGUUCAAGCCGUGUGAUGUUAAGUACAAGGAUUACACGCCUUGUCAAGAACAAUACCGGGCAAUGAAAUUUCCUAGGGAUAAUAUGAUUUAUAGAGAGAGACAUUGUCCACCAGAGAAUGAGAAGUUGCGGUGUCUGAUUCCAGCUCCUAAAGGGUAUAAGACUCCUUUCCCUUGGCCUAAAAGCCGUGAUUACGUUCACUAUGCAAAUGUUCCUUUCAAGAGCUUGACAGUUGAAAAAGCUGGACAAAAUUGGGUGAAGUUUCAAGGGGAUGUGUUUAAGUUCCCUGGAGGAGGAACUAUGUUUCCACAAGGCGCUGAUGCGUAUAUCAAAGAGCUAGCUACCGUAAUCCCAAUCAAAGAUGGAACUGUUAGAACUGCACUGGACACUGGAUGUGGGGUUGCAAGCUGGGGUGCAUAUAUGCUCAAGAAGAAUGUAUUGACUAUGUCGUUUGCACCACGGGAUAACCAUGAAGCUCAGGUACAAUUUGCACUUGAGAGAGGUGUUCCAGCGAUCAUUGGUGUACUUGGAUCAAUUCGUCUUCCUUACCCACCAAGAGCCUUUGAUAUGGCUCAAUGCUCUCGGUGUUUGAUACCGUGGACCUCAAAUGAGGGAAUGUACUUAAUGGAAGUCGAUAGAGUCUUGAGACCGGGAGGUUACUGGGUUUUAUCUGGGCCACCGAUCAACUGGAAGACAUACUACAAGACGUGGAAGCGGUCUAAGAAAGAACUCAAUGCAGAGCAAAAGAAAAUAGAAGAGAUUGCAGAGUCUUUAUGUUGGGAGAAGAAGUAUGAGAAGGGAGACAUUGCAAUUUGGAGAAAGAAAACAAAUGACAGAUCAUGUGAUAGGCCAUCAUCUGUUAAAACCUGCAAAGGAAAAGACGCCGAUGAUAUAUGGUACAAGGAGAUGGAAGUAUGUGUGACUCCAUUCCCAAAAGUAUCAAACAAACAAGAAGUAGCGGGAGGGAAACUAAAGAAGUUUCCAGAAAGACUAUUCUCAGUGCCUCCGUGUAUAUCCAAAGGUCUGAUCGAGGGUGUGAAUGCUGAUACAUACCAGGAAGAUAACAAACUGUGGAAGAAGCGAAUGAGUACCUACAAAAGAAUCAACAGACUGAUAGGCAGCACAAGAUACCGUAAUGUGAUGGAUAUGAAUGCUGGACUUGGUGGAUUCGCAGCAGCGCUUGAAUCGCCUAAAUCUUGGGUUAUGAAUGUUGUUCCAACCAUUGCAAAGAACACUCUAAGUGUUGUAUACGAAAGGGGUCUUAUCGGUAUCUACCAUGACUGGUGCGAGGGAUUUUCAACUUAUCCGAGAACAUAUGAUCUCAUCCACGCCAACAAUGUCUUCAGCUUGUAUCAGAACAGUUGCAAAAUUGAAGACAUACUUCUCGAAAUGGAUCGGAUACUGCGACCAGAAGGAACAGUUAUAUUCAGGGACGAGGUUGAUGUCUUAAACGAUGUAAGAAAAAUCACAAAGGGAAUGAGAUGGGACACUAAAUUGAUGGAUCACGAAGACGGUCCCCUUGUGCCGGAGAAAAUUCUCGUCGCCGUUAAACAUUAUUGGGUCGCCGGAGGCAAAGAGAACAGUACCUUGCCGUCUAGUAGCUAAGGUAACGAGUUUUUGCAUAUUGGCCCGUGGUUUUAGAAUGUUUACUAAAUUAGCCACAAAGUUCUUAAAGAAGUCAGUAACCCCCUUGAUCCAGAGUUUUUCACUUUUCUUUUAACCCGUAACUAUUGUAAAGUACAAAUUACACCCUGGAUUAAUUAGUGUAGAUUUUAUACAAUUUGGACCAUU